AUGCCUUCUCGUAAAUUUGAAACCAGCGAUGGCAUCUCGCGUGAGGAGAGGGCCACCCUGAAAAAUCCCGGCACCCCCGAGGAGGCGAUCGCCGUCCAGGGCAGCGUCAAUUGGGUGGGACCCGAUGGCGUCCACUAUAAGCUGAACUAUUUGGCCGAUGAGAACGGUUUCCAGCCCCAGGGCGAACAUCUUCCGCAGGUGGAGCACUGA